AUGGAAGCAAAAGAAAUCGAAUUUAAAGCCAAGGCUCUCACCAAAGCCGCGACAUCCAGCGAGCCACCAGCCAAUCUCAUCACCAUCUUGAAAGAACUCCAGAAAGGCGUCCGACCUACAGAAGACCUCCUCCGCUCAACCCGUAUCGGUAUCGUGGUGAAUAAACUCAAACAACACAAAGCAGCCGAUGUUGCGCGCCUGUCAUCCGAGAUUGUGUCCAAAUGGCGGAGCGAAGUGAAUAAGCAAAAGUCGAAUGGUUCGCCACAACGUUCUAGUACGCCGCGCACGGGCACGGCAUCGCCUGCGCCAGCAAGCACACCUGGCGAUAAGGCUUCGAAGUCGACUGUUCCGCCUGAGAAACGGUCGUGGAAGGCAGAUGGUGUUGACACGAACGUUACGAAUAAUAAGACCCGCGAUAGCUGCCUCGGUCUGAUGUACGACGGAUUAUCGUUUAUGUCUACAGAUCCCCCGAAAAUCGUGCUAGCGAAGGCGAUAGCUGUAGAGAAUGCAGCAUUCACGUCUUUCGGACCCGAGACCAAAGACCAAUACAAGACGAAGAUUCGAAGUUUGUUCCAGAAUCUGAAGAACAAGUCAAAUCCACAACUUCGACAGCGCGUGCUUUCGGGCGAUGUGACGCCAGACAAGUUUGUCAAGAUGACCCACGACGAACUCAAGUCGGACGAGCGAAGGGCGUUGGACCAGAAGAUCCAAAAAGAGAAUAUGGACAAGGCAAUGGUGGCACAAGCCGAACGAAGUAUCAGCUCAAGUCUGCAAUGCGGUAAAUGUGGCCAGCGCAAGGUUACUUAUACCGAGGCCCAGACGCGCAGUGCUGAUGAGCCGAUGACAUUGUUCUGUACUUGUUUGAAUUGCGGAAAGUCAUGGAAGCAGUAA